AUGGCACCUGCAGUCGAUCGCCAUAUCGUUCACUACGGGCCACAAUGUGACGACAUGGAGCUCGAUAUCCCUGCUUUCAUCACCGUUUCCAACCCGAACGCGCUUGAUCAGAGAAUCGAGGCUCUCCCACAAGAGCUGAAAGACAUGAUUGUCGAACACCUCGUGGCCGCAACGAUGCUUCCUCAGUACACAAUCGUUCCUGCACGCUCAGCCAAUAACAACAGUGACUCGCACCUCAACCUUGCACGUACCAGCAGUCUCGGAAACAAGGGAACCGUCAUCCGAGUUCACUACAGCUCGUCAAGGCCACCCAAUACCUACAAACCACCAGCGGGCCUUCAAAUCAACCGCAAGACCCGCGCCGAGUUCGCGAAGAGCUACUACCGCAACAAUAUCUUCUCCGCGAAGACCUGGGAAAUGGACGGAACGAUCUACACAGCUUUCUGCUGUCCCUCACAAGGCAACAUCGCGCAUUGA